AUGUUCCCGUCGCUCGUAAAUUGCUGUACCAUAGACUGGUUCACAAAAUGGCCGCCGGAGGCGCUUCUCUCCGUUGCGGAACAGUGUUUGCAGCCACUCGGAGACAAAGCUAUCAUCGAAAAGAUAUCUCUACUGUGUGUCACUAUGCAUCAGGACGUAGACGUGAUGACAGAUCGCCUCUAUGAAGAGAUGCGUCGUCAUUUCUAUACGACACCUAGCAGUUACCUGGACCUUCUGAAGCUCUACCUCGCUCUGUUGGACAAAAAGCAACAGGAAAUUAUUCGCGGCCGAGACCGGAUAUCCUGUGGAUUACAUAAACUGUACGAGACAUAUGAAGUAGUGGGAGUCAUGGAACAACAAGUGCGAGAUAUGGAGCCAGUACUCGCCAAGAAAGCUGAAGAGGCAAGUAUUCGAGAAUUAUUUUGUCUGUUAAGGAAUAGUAAUGCUUUUACCAACUACAAAACUUUUCUUAAAAUCGCACAACUAUUCGACGGCACGAGUCAACAUGGGUGGCAAUCUUGGAUACAAGGCAUGGCUCUCGUAGCUCGUCUAAAGGUGGAACAAAAGGCAGCGGACGAAGUAAAGCAGGCUGUCAUGAAAGAUGAGGCCGCGGCAAAGGUGAAAGCAGAGGAGGUGAAACAGAUAGCCGACGAAGCGAAGGCCGACCUCGCGUUGGCGAUGCCGGCCAUGGAAGCCGCCCAGAACGCGCUGAAGGCACUCAACAAGGCAGAUAUUAAUGAACUGAAGGCUUUUCAGAAGCCACCAGCAUUGGUCCGCUUCGUAAUGGAACCAGUCUGCAUCUUACUCGGGGCCAAGCCAGACUGGGACUCAACUAAAAAGUUGCUGGCGGACGUGAACUUCAUUCGCAACUUGGAAGAAUACGACAAGGAUCAUAUCCCCGAAGCUCUCCUCAAGAAGAUCAAAGUGUAUCUCACGCAUAAGGAUUUCAAUCCGGACACCGUCGUCAAAGUGUCAAAGGUUUGCCGUUCCAUGGUGCUGUGGGUGCAAGCCAUCGACAUGUACGCCAAAGUGUUCAGAGUUGUGGAGCCAAAGAUUUUGGCCCACAAAGAAGCAGCCGUCAUUUUGAAAAGUGUGAUGGCCGUGCUAAGGGCCAAACAAAAGGAAGUGGAGGCGAUCGAGGCGCAGCUGGCGAAGAUGCUGGACGAGCUGAAGGUCGUGGAGGAGGAACGGUUGAAGCUACAGGCGGACGUCGAUCUCGCGGCGGCGAGAUUAUCGCGCGCCGGGAAGCUGACUCAAGCACUGGCAGAUGAGAAAACACGAUGGGAAGACAGCGUUCUGGUAGCGACCUAUAAGCUGAAGUGUACGACCGGCGAUAUUGUAAUUGCGUCGGGCUGCAUCGCUUACUUCGGCGCGUUUCCCUCCCACUAUCGCAGGGAGCUGGAGACCAAGUGGGUAGAGCACUGCCACUCGCUCCAAAUACCCUCGUCCGAUACCUUUGAUUUGAUCCAAGUGAUGGCGGAUUCGUAUACAGUGCGCACGUGGAACGCUCAGGGACUGCCCCGGGAUUCUGUCUCCACGGAAAACGGGAUCCUGGUGACUCGAGCUGGAAGGUGGCCUCUGACUGUUGACCCCCAGGAACAGGCGAACCGAUGGAUAAAGAGCAUGGAAAAGGACAACGGUCUUCAGAUCACGAAGCUAUCGGAUUCUGGAUAUCUUCGCAUCUUAGAGAACUGCAUCAGAUUAGGUUGGCCAAUGCUAAUCGAAGACCUUGGCGAGCAGUUGGAGGCGACACUGUCUCCUGUUUUACUAAAACAGACCUUCCUUCAGGCCGGUCGCUUACUGAUUCACCUGGGCGACAGUGACAUCGAGUACGACACGAACUUCCGCCUCUAUCUCACCACGAAACUCGCCAACCCGCACUAUCUGCCAGAGAUCUGCAUCCAAGUCACUUUGGUGAACUUUACUGUUACCCUGUCCGGCCUCGAGGAGCAGUUGCUGGCUGACGUGGUGCGGUUGGAACGUCCGGACUUGGAGAUCCUGCGAACUGAGUUGAUCGUGCGGAUCAAUACGGACAAGGCCACUCUGCUGGAUAUAGAAGACAAGAUCCUGAGGUUGCUCUAUGCAUCCUCCGGGAACAUUCUCGACGAUGAAGAGCUUAUUGAAACGCUCAACGAGAGCAAGGAAACGUCCGAAAUAAUAAACGCCCGCCUAGCCGAGACGGAAGCCACAGAGGUGAACAUAUCGGCCGCAAGGGAAAAGUACCGGACUGUAGCCACGAGAGGCGCUGUUCUGUACUUCGCAGUGGCACAACUGGCAGACAUAGACCCUAUGUACCAGUUUUCCCUCAAGUACUUCACACAGGUAUUCAACCUAGUCAUCGAGAAAAGCGAAAAGUCAGACAUAUUAGAAAAGCGUUUGGAAAUUCUUCACGACGAGAUCACCCUGUCGGUGUACCGGAACGUGUCGCGAGGUCUCUUCGAAAGGCACAAGCUGGUGUUCAGCUUCCUCUUAAACAUGGCCAUAUACAUCCAUGCUGGAAAGGUCGUUCAAGAUCAGUGGAAUUUCGUUUUACGGGGGCCAGCCGGAACUAAAGUGGUCCCUGGUAAGAAACCUGUCGUGGAAACGCUGUCAGACCAACAAUGGCUGUCGGCGAACCAUCUGAAUGAAAUGGAUCCUAGUUUCGCCGGGCUCCUUGAGGACUGUUUGCGCAAAAUAGAAAUUACUAUUGGUACUUUCAGCGUGGAUAUCCACAUAAAUAAACAGGACCUGACGCCGGCUAAAAAGGAUUGGAAUGCAAUCUUGACUCCAUUUGAGAAGCUGAUGAUUAUCAAGAGUUUGCGGGAAGAAAAAUUGGUGUUCGCCAUAGCACAAUACGUCAGCACUUGCCUGGGCAGCGUGUUUAUAGAAAGCCCUACAGUUCAGCUCAGCACGCUAUAUGCAGACACUGCAGCGCCGAUACCGCUCGUCUUCGUGCUCAGUACGGGAUCGGAUCCCUUUGCGGCUUUCCUUAAGUUUGCAACAGAGAUGGGGAUGAGAGACCGGCUUCACUCCAUAUCCUUAGGCCAAGGUCAAGGCCCCGUCGCUGAGAAGAUGAUUAACUCGGCGAAGCCAAAAGGAGAUUGGGUGUUCCUCCAGAACUGUCACUUAGCAGCUUCUUGGAUGUUAAGUCUAGAGAUGAUCGUGGCACAAAUGAGUGGUGAAGCCAGUGCUCCUCAUCCUGACUUCAGGCUUUAUUUAAGUUCUAUGCCGACGCCCAAGUUCCCCGUUUCAGUUUUGCAGAACUCGGUUAAAGUGACAAACGAACCACCUAAGGGUUUAAAGGCUAAUGUCAAAAGGGCAAUGAUAGAAAUGGACGAGGACUUUUUUGAAAACCACAUUUUAGGACAAGAAUGGCGUACAAUGUUGUUUGGCAUAUGUAUGUUCCAUGCAAACAUUCAAGAGAGGAAGAAGUUUGGUCCUCUCGGCUGGAACAUUACCUAUGAAUUCAAUAACAGUGACCGAGAAUGUGCCAUGCUUAACUUACAAAUGUUCUGCGAAGAUGGCCACAUACCUUGGGAUGCAUUGGAGUAUAUCACAAGUCAAAUAACAUAUGGUGGUAGGGUGACAGACAUGUGGGAUCAACGGUGUUUGACAACAAUCCUUACUCGUUUUUUCUCCGCUCCUACUUUAGAGGACGGAUACUCCUACUCCUCCUCAAAAACCUAUUUCUGUCCCAAAGUAGAGAAAUUGGAACAAGUCAGGGAAUACAUAGAAACGCUUCCAGGAAUCGAGGAUCCUGAGAUAUUUGGCAUGCAUGACAAUGCCAACAUAGCUUUUGAGAACAAAGAAACUAGCACCUUAGUACAGACGAUAGUGGACGUGCAACCUCGAGCUGGGGGUGGUGGUGGUGGAGAGACCCCCGACCAGGUGGUGUGGCGCAUUUGCGAGGCCACCCGCGCCACCGUCUCCACAAAGAUAGAUCGAUCCCUCAUCCACCCAGACCUGAUGACGGUAGAUGAUAUGGGGCAGCUGCAUUCGCUUACCACGGUGCUCCUACACGAAACCGACAGGUUCAAUAAGCUGCUUGCUCUAAUCCAUGCAUCUCUCAACGAACUGCAGAAGGCAAUUAAGGGCGUGGUUGUAAUGUCAGAAGCGUACGAAGAGGUAUUUAACUCGUUCCUGAACAACAAAGUGCCGGCGAUGUGGCACAAGUCCGGCUACAACUCCUUGAAAUCCCUGGGCAGCUGGAUACAUGACCUGACGCUGCGAGUUGACUUUAUUGAGAGAUGGCUGGUGGAGGGUCCCCAGGUAAGCAGCUGGGUAUCGGGGCUGUUCUUCCCACAAGGGCUCUUGACAGGGUCCCUGCAGGCGUACGCCAGACGCUACCGUGUGCCCAUAGACGCGCUCAUGUUUGACUUUGAGCCGGUUCCCUUUUUUCUCUCGCAAGAAGACGUUUACAAGUUCAACAAGAGAAAGAAUAAGGAGGACGGAGAGAGCACCGUCUUCGGUGAGUUGGAGCGCCCAGAGGACGGAGUGAACAUCCACGGCCUGUUUAUAGACGCAGGUCGAUGGGACACCGACGGAAAUUGUCUUACAGACGCUCUGCCAGGUCAGAUGAAUCCACCUCUACCGGUGGUGUGGUUCAAGCCGGUCCUGUCGCUGCCUAAACCGGACCUGCGCUACGAAGCACCUCUCUACAAGACGUCGGAGCGAGCCGGCACUCUCUCCACGACCGGCCACAGCACUAACUUCGUCCUCCCUGUGCUUCUACCGGCUAAUAUGCCCUCCGAAUUUUGGAUCAUACGUGGGACGGCUCUUUUAACUCAGAUAACCGAUUAA